UUCUUCUUCUUCUUCUUAGUUAGUUAGCCCAAAACAGCAUAAGCAGGCAAAAUGGAGAAUGGGAAUUUGCCGCCGGCCACUUUCAAGUCGAAGUUCACUUUUUAUAUGGGAGUUUGUUGGAUUAUUGCGGCCUUUGGAGGGCUCAUGUUUGGUUAUGAUAUUGGAAUUUCAGGAGGGGUGACAGCAAUGGACGACUUCUUGAAGGAAUUCUUCCCAGAUGUUUAUGAAAGGAAACUCCAUGCAAAAGAGGACAAUUACUGCAAAUAUGACAACCAACUUCUCCAACUCUUUACUUCUUCCUUGUAUCUUGCUGCUCUCAUUGCUAGCUUCGCUGCAUCAAGGGUGUGCACCAUUGCCGGCCGGAAGUGGACAAUUCGAUGGGCUUCGCUGUUGUUCAUUGCAGGAGCCGGCUUGACGGCCGGAGGUAUCAACCAAAUUAUGUUGAUCUUUGGUAGAAUUCUUUUUGGCUUUGGUGUUGGUUUUGGUAAUGAGGCAGUUCCCCUAUUCUUGUCUGAAGUAGCCCCACCUCAACAUAGAGGUGCUGUGAACAUUCUAUUCCAGCUCUUUGUAACAAUUGGGAUAUUGAUAGCAAACUUAGUUAACUACUUUGCAUCAAAGAAGCAUCCAUGGGGUUGGAGGUUAUCCUUAGCUAUUGCUGCUGCACCAGCUUUGGUUCUAUUCUUAGGUUCCUUCUAUAUUACAGAAACUCCCACAAGCUUAAUUGAGAGAAAGAAGUAUGAGAAAGGGAAAGCUAUACUUAAGAAGAUUAGGGGUGUGGAAGAUGUUGAGCCUGAGUUUGAGCAAAUUGUAAGGGCAAGUGAGGUGGCUGAACAAGUGAAGCAUCCCUUCAUGAAACUCAUGAAGAGAUCAAGCAUGCCACCACUUAUCAUAGCAAUCUUAUUGCAAGUCUUUCAACAAUUCACAGGGAUUAAUGCUAUAAUGUUCUAUGCACCAGUCCUCUUUCAAACAGUUGGGUUUGGGAAUGAUGCUGCCUUAUUAUCAUCAGUCAUUACUGGUCUUGUGAAUGUGAUUAGUACAUUGGUCUCUGUUUCUCUUGUUGAUAAAGUUGGAAGGAGGGUAUUGCUUCUUGAAGCUUGUGUUCAGAUGUUCAUCACACAGAGUAUAAUUGGGGGAAUUCUACAAGUACAUUUGAAGAGCUAUAGCAAUACACUUGGGCAUGGACAAGCAAUUCUUGUGGUGGUGUUGGUAUGUGUUUAUGUGAUGGGUUUUGCAUGGUCAUGGGGUCCUCUUGGUUGGUUGAUACCUAGUGAAACCUUCCCAAUGGAGACAAGAACUGCAGGUUUUGCAUUUGCAGUGAGCUCAAACAUGCUUUUCACUUUCCUGAUUGCUCAAGCAUUCUUGUCACUGCUGUGCCACUUGAAAGCUUUUAUCUUCUUCUUCUUUGCUGGAUGGAUUGUUGUCAUGGGGCUAUUUGCCUUCUUCUUGAUCCCAGAAACAAAGAAUGUACCUAUUGAUCUCAUGGUGGAGAGGGUCUGGAAGCAACACAAGUUUUGGAAGAAAUUCAUGGAUGAAAAUGAUGAAAAUGAAAUGAAAGCAAGAAGAUGAAGAUAAUCAAAAUCCAAUAGACCAGAUUCUGCUCAUCCUUGCUCAAUCCACAUU